ACCUGUAAUGACUAACCAAGAAUUUUACUAUAUCAAGUUGUGUGAGGCUACUGAAACUUCUCUACAGCCCUUAUCCAGAUGAACACAUAUUUCCAUAAUUGUACCUAUUUUCUUAGCAAAAACUCUUUUCCUUUUGACAAGAAUUGACUUCAAAUGGCUUCCAAUCUUGUAAAAUUUCAUCCUUCAUUACAGUUCAAGCUGAACAAACUUCAUAACACAACAAGUUCCUUAAGCUUUUUAGGAUCAAAACAACAACUUAACCAUCUUUAUCACUCUGUUUUCUUCACAAAACCCAAGUCAGAUUUUUCACCUCUUCAAUGUUCACUAUCUUCUCCUACUCCACCUAUAACCAAAGAAGAUGCCAUUUCUCAAGCAAAAUUCUCUCUUUCAACUACUUUAGAGAAACCCCUUAACAAUCCCAAACUCAUUGGGAAAAUCAAGAAACUCAAACAACCAAGAUUACGUGUCGAAAUUCCAGUUGUUGAUGACUCCCCAUCUGCAUUAGCCCAACUUGCUUUUGACAUUUUUGGAGAAAUGCCCAUCAAAAGAAAAGCCCCAAAAAUCAAGAUUCUACUUUUAUGGCCUAACCAAACCUUAACCCAAGCUGCACAAACAGAAUUUGAGAAGAAGAAAUCUUCAAAUCCCAUUAUUGAAAAUUUAGAUAUUUCAUCAAGAACUGAAAUUUCUGCUGAUGUGGUAGUGUUUAUGGCUCCAGAGGCUUCAAGAUUGACUGUAAUGAAGGAGAUUUCUGAUACAUUGUACCCAAAGCCUGUGGUGAUUUUUAAUCCUACAUGGGGUUUUGAUGAAGAGAGUAGUUUUGGUGAGAUGAGUGGAUUUGUUGGUUCAUUUGAGGUUGUGUAUUCAUUUAUGGGAUUGGAAGUUAGAGGGAUAUUGAGUAAUAGAAAAGGGGUGAUGUUUAAAUGUGUUAAAGAUGGUGUUUUGAGUGGUGAGAAAUGGUAUGUGUUCGUCGAAGAAGAUGGAGAGUUGAAAGUGGUUUCAAGGUUUAAAACAGGGCCAUCAAUUGUUGAAGUUGAGAAUGUUUUGUAUAACUUGAUGGCCGUGAAUUCACCAAUUACGAAAUCAGCUAAGUUCUUGAAAGAUUUGGUGUCAAAUGUUAGGGGAAAAAAGUAAAGCACAAGCAAUUCAAGGGGAUCAUGAACCAGUUAUUUACUAUGGACAUUAAAUUUGAUGAAUAAAUUCAAGGUUUGGUUCUACUUGGUUCUCUAUCGGACUCAGAGGAAACAUUUAGAACUUCAUUGUCAAAUUCUACUUUUGAUGGUGUGAUCUCUAUAUAUUUCGUGAAGAGCAACGUUCUGAACGAUGAGAUGGGAAGAAAAUCUCAAGGUUCCUCUUUGUCGGAUGCCCUGAUGACUGUCCCGAGAGGGAGAAGCAAGAAGCGUGAUUUUCAUAAUAGUGAACAUAAUAGAAGCAAAUCUAAAGGCAGACUUAAUGAUAUUGAGUUCUAUCAUUAUGACAUGAAAGGAUGCACAAAGAAGUUUUGUCGGAAGUUGAAGAAGGAGAAUAAAGACAAAAAGGAAAAAAGAAGAUGAAAAUGAAAAUUGUCUAGCCACUGUCACCAUCGAAGAUCUUGUACCAUUUUUGAUGCAAAUCUGGUAAUGAAUUUGAUAAUAAAGUUCUAAAUGUUUCUCUAAGAGGCC